AUGGGUUUGGAACACUUGAAAAGUACAUGUGUAGUCAGUGCGUAUAAUGUUAAUAGAGUUCGUGGGAAGUUGAAUGAUUCUGAUGAUGACGACAACUACGAGAAACAACAGUCACACGAAACUCCGCCAACUCCGUCUUUGCCCUGGUGGUUCACCGAUGAAUGUGAGAAAAGGCUUUCGUUGACCGUCGAUGUUCCAUACUCGUCAUGCAGCUAUGCUCCAACGCUGCAGGUGACUCCUCCAUGCAACCCUCAACCUGUACCUUCAGUUUUUUAUCUGGACCCGGAUCAGGUCAAGGAACAGCUGCGGAAACAGCUUGAGUACUAUUUUUCCAGAGAAAAUCUGAUGACUGACCGUUUUUUACGCAGUCAAAUGGAUAACGAUUCGUAUGUACCGAUUCAAAUAAUUGCCGAUUUUCCUCGUGUGAAACAAUUAACGAAUAAUUACGAUCUAAUAGUCCAAGUGUUAAGAGAAUCUCCACGAGUUCAAGUAGAUGAGAAGGGUGAACGAGUUCGCGCUGUAUCUAAACGUUGUACAAUCAUUCUUCGGGACAUUCCACCGAGCACAGAUGAAAAAGAGGUAGCAGCUCUUUUCUCAGGCGCUCCACCAUAUCUUCGCCUUCAUUAUGGUCUAAACAAUAGUUGGUAUGUAAUAUUCGAAUCUGAAGAAGCAACUCAGCAUGCCUAUCUUCAUUUGCAAAACAUGAAAACUUUCAACAAUAGACCUAUUUGCGUAAGUAAAUUUGGAAGAUAG